AUGGCAGUAGUAGAGACUUUUUAAUAAAAGAAUAGGGGGCGGUAUACAAGAAACAAAUAUGGCGACCUUGUGUAGUCGUGUGGCGAACAUGACUGCAAGAUGUUUGUAUCAGGUUGGUGAAGUUAUCAGGCAACCUCUGUUAUCAACACACACCAGUCAGGUUACCUCGGUCAGAACACGCUAUGCAGAUUGGAGGAUGUUGCGUGAUGUCAAAAGACGACGGCUUGUCAAAGAGAUGGGUAGAGAAAGAAGAAAUAUCAAUCUGAUUCGGAAAAAUGACAUAUUACCCACAGAGCUGCAAGUUCCGUUUCCAGUUCCGGUACUGGUUAAGAAAUCAGGCUUCUAUUCUUACAACUCUGAAGAUGUAUUCUAUUCACAUCUGCUCCGAUCGGGUAUCCGGUGGAUGGGUCCCGCAUCUGGCAACUGGAACAAGUCGGUCCUAGAGCGAUUUUUCUUCUGCCGGAUUCGAAACCUGAAGACUUCUGACCAAUCAGAAUUUUUCACACAAUUGCACAGAACUUUUUCUUGUUUUUUUUAUUCCGGUUUCCAAGUAACAAACUAACAAUCAGUUCUUUCUCAUCGCAACUUGAAUCCUUUUUUUUUUUUUUUGUUCUGUUGAGAAUAAGUUAAGCAGAAAACAUACGUAACUAUUCCAUGUGCACUGACAAGGAAAAUUGAUCUAUAAAUUAACCAUGCCAUUAAAUACUAUAAUAUGAAUUUAAUUAAAAGGAUUAUGAAUUUACUAAAUAUAGGCCUACUGUAUCUAUCUAUGAUACCGCACCAUUGUCAACCAUUAUCGCAUCAGGUAUUCAUAUUCUUUGUCUAAAACAUGGAAGGAACCAAAAACUAGACUAUUUAUGUAAGUUACUAAGGCAGAGUUCAACGAACUCACCAUCGGUAGGCCUAGGCUUACGUACCGUGCACCUAAAUCAUAGGCCUAAUAUGUGCUGUUUAGUAUUUUGAACUAUAACUACUGAUAUAGAAUAUGUGUAAAUGAUACUAAAAAUUAAAGUAACUAACUUAUUUUCAAUACAUAAACAUUACGAUACAACUCGCGACGCAAGUUCCUCCUAACGUGUGCCAUCAGCCCGAACUGAAAACGGAACCUGAACUGCAACAUGAGUAGAUGUGAAAGGCGCUUAAACAAGUUAAAUUAAUAAUGUUAUGUCAGUCAUUAAUCCAUAGUAAAAUGAUGUCAUUAUAAUGAAAAUAAUAAUCAUACCAAUAUUUAUC